UUUAACGUGUAAAAACUUGGAAUAUAAACAGAAGAGGAGGAGAGAAGUUUGGGAUUUGGAGCAGAGACAAGUCCUGGCAGUCUCCAAGAUGGUGUCCCACAAAACAAUGCUCCUUGCAUUAUUCCUUUUCUUCCUUCUCCACCUCUCAUUAUGUCAUGGAAACAAAGACGUCUCUCCAAUGAAGUUCACCCAUCUUCUCUAUAACACCACCAUCUUUGAAAACCCCGCCCCUCGCACUUACAUAGAAACACCAAUCAAAAUGGGCAUCGAACUCAUAAAUCCUUUAUGGAACAUCAAGUUCAAUAUUGUUUCUGGUGAUGACGAAGAAUUUUUCCAAGCUGAAGCACUCAAAGUUGGAGAUUUUGCGUUUCUAAGGAUCAAAACGCGGGUUAGUUUCUCCGCUUCUAUUAAUCGGGAAGUUCAAGAUAUGUACGCCCUUACUGUAGAGGCAACAGAAAGCACUUUUGAUUUGAAAACCAAAACAAAAGUCACUGUCCAAGUUUUAGACACGAAUGACUUAAAGCCGCUUUUCUAUCCCGCAUCUUAUCACGUAGUGAUUAGCGAAGAUUCACCUCUGCAACGUAGCGUGGCCACAGUGAGUGCUACUGAUGCAGAUUUGGGAAGCAAUGCAGAGUUUUAUUAUUUGUUCACAACUCACUCUCAUCCAUUUACUGUUGACCCAUUUACGGGAACAGUUAGCUUGUCCAAGAAGCUAAACCAUACUAGAAAUGAAAAAUAUGAUCUUACAGUUUUAGCCGAAGAUCGAACCAAGAAGAUUUCAGGCAUUCAGAAAUUUGGUAACAUGGCAAGAGUGGUAGUAAAUGUACAAAAAACAAAUAAAACACACCCAGUUAUUACACCAACUCCAAAACCUGCAAUUUCAUCUGAUGGCAAAGUUACUAUCAAUGUCCACGUUGAACCAGGGAUCAAACCAGUGCAGUCUCUACAUAUCACUGAAGGGGAUGUUGACAAGUUUUUUGACAUAAUUCCUUUAGGAGUCCAAGGCAGUGAUUUUCAAAUAAUAUCCACUAAGAAAAUUUGUUGGUCACAAAUACCUCAUGGUUUAAAUCUGUCCUUACAAGCAAAUGAUAAUAGCUUUCCAAGUUUGCUAUCUCCAAUCAUGCAAGUCUACAUACCACCAGUUCAUUACAUGCCAUUGACAUUUUUAGAAGAUACUUACAUCGUUGCUUUAAGUGAAUUUUCACCACCAAAAACGCAUGUCGUUAAACUUUCAAUUAUGCCUGAAUCAUACAAUGUCACCUAUAGCAUAAAAGCUAACCCAGAUUCAACCAAAUUCAAGAUAAAUAGCAAAAAUGGCAUGAUCAUAACCAAAGAUUAUUUUGAUUUUGAAACAAAACGUUGGUACGAAUUUGACGCAAUUGUGAAUAACGGAGAAGCCAAAACUCAUAUUGUAGUUGAGAUUAUAGAUGAAAAUGACAACACACCACAGUUCAUGAAAAAUUUGUACCAAGUGACAUUAGAUGAAAAUAGUCCAGUUGGUAGCAGUAUUUUAAAAGUCGGUGCUACUGAUAAAGAUUUAGGCAAAAAUGCAUUGGUAACUUAUUCAAUUGCAAAUUCAAACCCGGUGCCAUUUGCAAUAGACCCAUUUACUGGCAUCAUAUCAACCUCAGAACACUUAGACUAUGAGUUAAUGAAAAGACAAUAUCACCUUAGGAUUUGGGCAUCGGAUAGCGGAAGUCCGUUUAGUCAAGUUAGCGAAUGCCCUGUUACUAUCACUCUAAACAAUAUAAAUGAUAACGUACCAUUGUUUGAAAGAAUAGACUGCAAUACAACUAUACCUAUUGACUUACCAAUAGGGCACACAAUUGUCCAACUAUCUGCUAUAGACUUGGAUGAGUUAGAAGAACUAAAAUAUGUAAUAGAAUCAGGCAAUGAACAUGACAUGUUUACAACAGAUUCAUUGGGUGUUAUCAAGCUUAACAAGCCAAUACCACCAUAUUCAAAUGCUUUUAAUUUGAAAAUUAUAGCGACAGAUGGAAAACACAAAUCUGAAGCUUCUAUAGUCAGAAUUACUGUCACAAAUACAGGAGACGAGCCUACUUUUCAUUGCCAAGAAACUGGGAUUUUUCAGCAAGUUACAGACAAGCUAAUCAAAUCUAUCAAACCAAUUUUAACCAACCAAGAGGAAGAGGCAUUUUCUGACAAAUACAUUACAAAUAGAUAUUCUCCUAAGUUCAACCUGAGCAUUCCUGGGUCCAUAGAAUUAGUGGAAGAUUACCCAUUAAAUACGACUAUUGUGCAGUUAAAAGCUGCUGAUGAUGACAUAGGAAUGAAUGGAAAACUUGUCUACGCAAUUUCAAGUGGGAACGAAGAUGGUUGUUUUGUUAUUGACACAUUUUCUGGCGACUUGAAACUAGUUUGCCCUCUAGAUCAUGAGGCUAAGGAAUUUUACAUUUUAAACAUCACCGUCACCGAUCUGGGAAUGCCACCGAAAUUAGCUUGGAAGCUGAUUGCUAUGAAUGUAAUGGAUGUCAAUGACAAUCCACCUGUUUUUACCCCACCGAGAUUUGUAAUUAGGAUUCCUGAAAAUAUCAAAGCUGAUUCAGUCAUUUUUACAGCUCGAGCUAUUGAUUCUGAUAGCGAGACCAAUGGGAAUAUACAGUACAGUCUACUGACAUCUACUGACUUGUUUACAAUUGACAAACUUACUGGAGAGAUUGCCAUAACAAGCCGAUUGGACCGAGAAACUUUGCCAAGACAUGACUUAAAAAUUGAAGCAAGAGACCAAGCAAAAGUCGGACCACAAUUGUUUUCAAUACUUGAUUUGGUCGUUGUUGUUGAAGAUAUUAAUGACAAUCCCCCAAAAUUCACCCCAAAAGUUUACAAAAUCAAAGUACCCGAAGAUGUACCAGUCGGAACUCUUCUGGUUUGGUUGGAGAGCAUUGAUUUGGAUCUUGGCAAUGGCGGACAUGUUUUGUACAAUCUUAAAAACACAGAAAAUGGGAUAUUUCAUCUAGACUCCACCACUGGAGCGUUGACUUUGGAGAGAGAGUUGGAUUUCGAGCGGAGGCCAUCUUACAACCUCACAGUCCGAGCAGUGGACCACGGGCAGCCCAGGUCUCUUUCUUCAUCUUGUUAUGUGGAGAUAGAGGUGCUGGAUGUAAAUGAGAAUCUGCAUAGACCUGUGUUUUCAGAGUUUGUUUAUGAUACAUUGCUAAUGGAGGAUUCCCCAGUUGGGACUUCCGUAGUGAUGUUAACGGCUUCAGACAAAGAUUUGGGGCAAGAUGGAGUCGUGAGGUACCACAUUCACGAUGGCUCCGGAAUCGGACUCUUCACCAUUGAUGAAGAAUCAGGUGUGAUCCGUACCACAGAGGUAAUGGACAGAGAGACCACCCCUCACUACUGGCUGUCAGUGUAUGUCACAGAUCUCGGUACUGAACCGCUCACCUCUUGGUGUCACGUCUUCAUUGAGGUGAUGGAUGUGAAUGAUAAUGCUCCGGAGCUCAGCCAGCCCAUGUACUUCGGCUCUGUCCCAGAAAACAUGCCCCAGGUGCCGUCUGUGGUCCAGGUCCAGGCCAAAGAUGCAGACAGCUCCUCCGAUGGUCAGAUCACGUAUGACAUCCUCGAAGCACACCGGGCAUACUUCAGUGUGGACCCCAAAACAGGAGUGAUCAGCACACACGCAGCUUUGGAUCGGGAGGAUAAACCUGAGCACAGCAUCGAGGUGAUAGUGUCUGAUAAUGGAUCUCCCCCUCUGCAAUCCACCGCUUCCGUCAUAAUCCAAGUUUUGGACGUGAACGACAAUCGGCCCAAAUUUACAGAUAAACUGUUCCAAGUGAAGCUCCCAGCACAAAGGCAGACAGCAGGUAAACAGAAAGUGUGUCGCCUGGUUGCCCGUGAUGACGACGAGGAUCAGAACGCAGCAGUGACGUACAGACUCCAGGGCGACAUUGGAGAGAGCUUUGACAUAAACACAGAGACCGGAGACGUGAUGGUUCAUGGUGACUUUAGACCUGGGAACUACAGCAUCCUCACAAUUAAAGCAACGGACCAGGGCAAACCAGCACGGUCCAGCACGGCACGCUUAGACAUAGAGUGGAUAUCGGUCCCGCCCCCUGUCUCCGAGCCGAUCACGUUUGAAGAGCCACAGUUCAACUUCGCCGUCAUGGAAACCGAACCUGUCAAUCACCUGGUGGGCAUCAUCCUCACAGAGACGCAACGCCAGUGGUGGUUUGAUAUCAUAGGAGGAGACGAGAAUAAGGACUUCUACAUCCAGAGGAACACUGGGACUCUGUCUGUGGCUCGGAGACUCGAUGCAACUCGAAAUUCCAACUACAACCUGACUGUGAGAGUGACUGAUGGACACAACUCGUCCACUGUACAGGCAUAUAUCCGAGUGCUGGACAUCAAUGAGUACAGACCAGUCUUCCGCAAGUCUCUCUAUGAGGUCCACGUUCCUGAGGACACUUCUCCCUGGAAAGACCUCCUCCAGAUCGAGGCAGAGGAUGCAGACAGAAACAGUAACCUGCUGUACUCCAUCCACAGCAGCUUGCCCCGCAGCAGCUCUGGCCUCUUCCACCUGGACCCAAAGUCCGGGAUCCUGAUCCUGACUGAGAACCUGGAUUAUGAGAAGACCUUCACUCACACUCUCAUUAUCAUGGUGCGUGACCAGGAGAUCCCGAUCAAGAGGAACUUUGUGAAGGCUUUGAUUCAUGUAGAGGACUGUAACGACCACGCCCCUGUGUUCUUGAGUCCCCGAUAUGAGGUGUCCCUGUCCAAUAUGGCUGCUGUCGGGUCUGAGGUGCUCCGUAUCACUGCUCUUGACAAAGACACAGGAAGCAACGCAGAAAUCAGCUAUUCUUUGCACUCUGGUAAUACAGACAACAUCUUCUCGAUUGACGCCUCUUCAGGCUCUAUCUCUGUGGCUAAACCUUUAGACCUGCAGCCUCUCGAUCACUUCCAUCUCACAGUGAAAUCUACAGAUCAAGGCUUCCCUCAGCGCAACAAUCUCUGCUCUGUCCAUGUCAACAUCAAGAUUUCAGAAAACACGCCCCCUGUUUUCCAGUCUGACAACUUUUUAGCAGAAAUCUCAGAAUUCAGCCCUAUAGGAACACCUGUCAUUACCAUAGCAGCCUCAAGCAUCACUGCGGUACAUUAUGGCAUUGAAAGUGGCAACUCAAAUGACAUUUUUCAUAUAAAUUCUUAUUCUGGGCUAAUUUCAACUCGAAAACAUAUUGAUUUUGAAAGUUGUUCUUCAUAUAAGCUCAAAGUUACAGCUUCAACCAAUGCCGGUGCUGUAUCUAAAAUAAUUGUGUACAUUUAUGUGAUUGACGAGAAUGACAACGCUCCUGUAUUCGUUAAAAAGGAAUACUUAGGGCAAAUUAGUGAAGCAGCUAAUGUGAAUAGCCUCAUAAUAGGAGAAAACAACACACCACUAGUUAUCCAAGCUACAGAUGUGGACAGAGAUGCUAAUUCUCAGCUAUAUUUUGAAAUCCUAGAGGAAGAAGCAUUGAGAAUUUUCAAGAUUGAUCAAAGUAUGGGGACUAUAUCUUUAAUCUCGAUGGUCGAUUUUGAAAACAAGGAUAGAUAUGAGUUCACAGUUCAUGUCAAAGACUCUGGGGAACCAUUACUGUAUGCACCCAAGCCUGCAAAAGUUGUAAUCCAAAUUUUGGACGUAAAUGAUUGCCCUCCACAAUUCAGUUCACCGGUGUAUAAGGCAUCAAUCAUAGUACCACCUGUCACAAAAGCAGAGGUGGUUCAAGUCAGUGCACAUGAUGAGGACUCAACUGUGGUCUAUAGCAUUGCAGAUGGCAAUUUCAACAACGCUUUCUCAAUCAAUCAAACUUCUGGAGUUAUUUCUGUUGACAAUGUGACAGAUUUUAAGCAGUUUUAUCAGCUAGUUGUCCGAGUAAGCGAUGGGUUGUACAAAGAUUCCGCCAUUAUAAAGAUAGCACUAAUAAAUUUGACCGAAACUGAUUUGAAAUUUGAGCAACAUGUCUAUACUGCAAGUGUUAGCGAAAAUAACAAAGCACCAAAGAUAUUAGCAGCUCUUAAAGUUAGUGGAUGCUAUCUAAACGAGCCCCUGGUUUACACUAUUAUAAAUCCAAUGGGGAGAUUUGGGAUUUCCAAAACUUCUGGUAUUUUUGAAAGCAUUGGGGUCCCUUUUGAUCGAGAAAUACAAGAUUUAUAUGAGAUUAUUGUAAAAGUUGAAGAUUCGCACACACCUCCAAGAACUGCGACCACUUUAGUUAAAGUUUAUAUUGAUGAUGUGAAUGACAACGCACCAUAUUUUUUAAAUUUGCCAUUUUCAGUUGUGAUUUCUGAUGAUAUUGAACCAGGAGAUGUUUUGUACCAAGUGACUGCCAUUGACAAGGAUUUGUAUGAAAAUGCUUUGAUUGUUUACUCUCUCGAAGAUAAUUUUGAACUUUUUCGAAUUGACCCAAAAGUUGGCGAUGUAUCGCUUCAAAGGCCACUUGAUUUUGAAGCUUUGAAUAAAUACGUAUUGACAAUUGUGGCAACAGAUGAAAGUGAACCCAGCUAUUUCACAGCAUCACAGCUAACUAUCCAAAUUCGCAAUCGAACCAAUCCAAUUUUCCAAACACUACUGUAUCCCUUAAAAGUUCCAGAAAAUGUCCCGCUUUUUGCCACCAUUUUGCAUGUUCAAGCUCGCAAUCCAGAAGGCUACCGUCUAAUCUACAAUCUCCAAGAGGAAAAUGCAUCAAAACACUUCCAUAUUGAUUUUAAAACUGGCGUUUUGUCUGUUACAAACCCACUGGACUAUGAAAGCCAAUCAAUGCACGUUUUAACAGUUAGAGCAACCGAUUCAGUCACUGGUGCAUAUUCAGAAGCCACAAUCGAAGUUGAAGUUGAAGAUGUUAACGAUAAUGCACCUAUAUUUUCAAAACUAGCAUAUUCUACAAACAUUGCAGAAGGUUUACCAAUUGGUACAUCUGUUUUACAAAUUUUUGCAUCGGACAAGGAUUCAGGACGAAAUAAAGAGCUUAUAUUUCAGUUGGUCAGAACUGAAGGAAACGAAACUAACUUUUUUGAGAUUGACAAGCAAAGUGGAUUAAUUACUACCAAAGAAAUUCUGGACUAUGAAGAUACAACACAUUUUGAUUUGAAAGUACAAGUUAGCGACAAUGGUACGUCUCCUCUUACCAGCGAAAGAUUUGUGUUUGUAAAUGUUACCGAUGUAAAUGACAACCCACCUGAUUUUAUUAACCCUCAGUACGAUACCACGCUUGACGAAAUGGCAAAAUGUGGACAUAUCGUUGUUAAAAUUCAAGCUUCGGACAAAGAUGCCAAUGAUGUUAACAAUUUAAAGUACAAAAUCUUAUCUGGGAACGAAGGAAGAUAUUUUAACAUCAACGAAUCGUCUGGAAUAAUUGCAUUUUCAAAUGUUUGUAAAAGAAAUCUGGAUCCUUACUAUAAUUUAACAGUAGCAGUUUCUGAUGGUGUUUUUCAAAAAACAACACCAGUAAAUAUUGAUAUGAUAAAUCGGAAUCGGCAUAGUCCGUAUUUUAAACAAACCAUUUAUGAAGCAGAGCUGGCUGAAAAUGCAGAAGCGGGGACUAGAGUGAUCAGGCUAGCUGCUAUAGAUCCAGAUGAGGGUCAGUAUGGCAAUGUUGACUAUACUAUUAUCAAUAAACUCGCUGAUGAGAAAUUCAAAAUUGAUAAACAUGGACAAAUUGUCACCACACAACCAUUGGAUAGAGAAUCACAACGAGUUAUCGCCAUCAAAGUUAUGGCAAGAGAUGGUGGAGGUAGAGUUGCAUUUUGCACUGUAAAGAUUAUUCUAACAGAUGAAAACGACAAUGUUCCACAAUUCAAAGCUACCGAAUAUCAAGUCGCAAUUCAGUCCACGGUCAACAAGGGGGCACCAGUGAUCCAGAUCAUCGCAUAUGAUGCUGAUGAUGGCAAAAAUGCGGAUGUAACAUACACAGUUGAUGAAGUGGAAGAAGUUACCGAAGAUAUUAUUGAAAUCAACCCAUUUACGGGACUAGUUAGCGUCAAGGAAAGUCUAGUGGGCUUGGAAAAUCAAAUAUUCAAUUUCAAAGUAAAAGCAAGGGAUGGUAGCUUGCCAUUUUACAACUCAACAAUUCCAGUUCAAGUUAAAGUUGUGCCUCCCGAAGUGCCGCUGCCAAAAUUUUCCGAACCUUUGUACACUUUUUCCGCAAUGGAAGAUAUCCCAGUUGGUACAAAGAUUGGAACAGUCAAAGCCAAAUCGGAUUUGCCAGUAAUCUAUAGCCUUGUUGACGGGAAUACAGUUGAAAGUAAUAAAGAUGAAGUGUUUAGCAUGGAUGAAGAAAGUGGUACCUUGGUUUUACAGAAGAUGAUUGAUCACGAGAAGACAAAAUGGUAUCAAAUAGAUGUUGUUGCACAAGGAAAUUUCAAUGGGACAGAUGUAGCGUCUCUGGUCUCCGUCAAUAUUCAAGUCCAGGAUGUAAAUGAUAACCAGCCAGUGUUCGAUGCCAGUCCUUACAGAGCAUACCUGGCUGAGAACAUGCCUGCAGGGACCACUGUUUUACAGGUAACAGCUAAUGACCCAGACAGAGAAUCCAAUGGCGUUGUGACCUACAGCCUGCAGUCUCUCCCUGGUGACCCAAACAACAUAAACCAAAUCUUCACCAUAAACCCGGACAAUGGCUGGAUCAUCACAGCAACUGAAACCGACUGUGAAACCACGAGACUUUACCGUUUUCACGUCAUUGCCAUGGACCAUGGGGGAGAUGUCAAACUCUCCUCUAGUGUUUUGGUGGAAGUCACAGUAACAGAUGAAAAUGACAACCCUCCAAAGUUCACCGAAGACCUUUACCAAGGUUCCAUCAUGGAAAACAGUGAGCCGGGAGAGGUGAUUAUUACUAUGACGACUACAGACAGGGAUAUUUCCAUGGAGAACCGCUUGGUCACCUGCUACAUCACAGACGGCGACCCCUCGGGGCAAUUUGCAGUGGUGCAGGUGGAUGAGGGCGUGUGGGGGCUGAUCUCUAAAGAGCCUCUGGACAGAGAGCGCUUGGAUCGCUUCAGUCUGAAGAUCACAGCCACAGAUGGACGCUUCCAGAGCUCAGUGUUUGUGGAGCUGCAUGUGCUGGACGUCAAUGACAACAGCCCACACUGCCAGCAGCUGCUCUACACUGAGGCAGUGAUGGAGAACUCACCCAUAAACCAGUUUAUCCUGAAGGUGUCUGCAUUUGACCCAGAUCUGGGCUCCAACGGACAGGUCUCUUACAGCCUCCACGGGCCUGAUGCAAACAAGUUCCACCUCAACCACAAAACGGGAGAACUGUUCACCCUCUCCGUGCUGGACCGUGAGGUAGAGGUGGAGUACAACAUGGCGGCCAAAGCCACAGAUGGAGGGGGUCGCUCCUGUCAGGCCGAUAUCCUGCUCCGAGUCCAGGACAUGAAUGAUAAUGCCCCAGUCUUCAGCUCUGGUCUGUACCAGGUCUCUGUGUUUGAUAAUACAACAGUGAGGACGCCUAUCGCAGUGCUGUACGCCAAGGACCCCGACACUGGUAUAAACUCUGAGGUGCGGUACUCUCUUGUCUCCGGGGACGAUGGAUUCUUCUCUUUGGACGAGUUUUCAGGAAUCCUGCGUCUGGAGCGCCCUUUGACCUCUGAGGCUCCCUCUACUUUCCAGAUAAAAGUGAAAGCCACAGACAGGGGCCUUCCACGUCAACUGUCGUCCAGCGCCACAGUGGAGGUAGAGGUGGUUUCUCUGGAAGACUAUCAGCCAGUGUUCUCCAGCUCUGAGUACACCGCCCAGCUCCCAGAAUCCUUUUCGGUGGGGUCAGAGGUCAUGAGCCUCUCAUCUUUGAGUAGAGAGGGCACUGAACUGAUUGUUUACCGCAUCAUAUCUGGCAACGAGGAGGGACAAUUCCACCUGGACAGGGACACAGGCCUACUGACCCUGGCCUCUGCCCUGGACUAUGAGGUGUGUCGUGAGUACUACCUGUCAGUAGAGGGCAGCAGAGGGCGGUCCACUCUCAGUGACAUCACCACAGUCUUCAUAGGCGUGCUGGACGUGAAUGAUAACCCCCCGUUGUUCAGAAGCGGCGACUACAGCGCAGAGGUCUCAGAGGAUCUAAGCCCGGGCAGCCUCGUCCUCAAGGUGAUAGCCACAGAUGCGGACGGUCCAGGGAAUAGUCUGCUCCGCUUCUCCAUUGUCAGUGGAGACUCUCAGCAGCAGUUCAAUAUCCACCCUCGAACGGGAGAAAUCAGUGUGCGCACGGAUCUGGACCGCGAGCAGAUCCCUCACUACUCCCUGACAGUCUUGGCUGCAGACGAAGGCUCUCCUCCUUUGUCCUCCGCACUUCUCGUCACUAUCGCUGUGUCCGAUGUCAAUGACAACCCCCCACUGUUUAGCUCCGUCAACUACAACCUUGCUGUGCAGGAGGGUGAGGCAGUGGGUAGCAGUCUGCUUCAGCUUGUGGUCUCAGACAAAGACACACCCAAAAAUGGACCUCCUUUUUCCUUCCACAUAGUCAGUGGCAACGAGGACCGGCAUUUCCAUGUCGACCAGGGCGGACUGUUGUCUCUGUCUGCCCCACUGAGGAGGAAGAGUAGAGCAAGGCACCACCUCAAGAUACAGGUGACAGACAGCGGCUUCCCUCCUCUCUCCUCCAUCUGCGUUGUUAACAUCAACGUCACAGAAACCAGCCGCUUUGCCCCCUCCGUCAUUCCACUGGAAGUCUUCAUCACCACGGCAACCACUCACUUCUCCAACCACGCCAUCAGCAAAAUCCACGCUUCUGAUCAGGACCUGCAUGACACACUGGUUUAUAACAUGGCCUCCCAACACCCACCCGAAUCCAGGUUUUUAGUUGGACUUUUGGAUGGCAAAAUCUGGGCUGAGGAAAACCUAAAAGAGGGGACUUAUUUUCUCAAUGUUAGUGUUUCAGAUGGGAAGUUUGUUGUUUUUACUGAGGUCAAAGUGCAUGUUUGGUCGGCCAAUCAGAAAGCUCUAGAUGGAGGGAUGACGUUGCAGUUUUUGGGGAUGGGGCCACAGGAAUUCAUUGGAGAUCAUUGGAGAGGGGUGCAGAGGAGUUUGGGGGCAGAGCUUGGAGUUAGCAGACAGGAGAUACAUUUGGCUAGUCUGCAGCAGAGACCAGAGUCCAAAAUCCUGGAAGUUCUGAUCAUCGUGAGACCUAAGACUGAGCCAGUCCCUACUCUGCCCAUCAACAGGUUACAAGGUAUUAUCUCAAACAUGGAGGACUCAUUGAGCUUGACCAUCCUCAGAGUGACCCAUGCAGCCUGUGUAGGUCCAGGAUGUGCCCCCCGAGGCUGCAGGAGCUCCGUGCGGCUGAUAGGGGGCACUUUGACGCACUACACCACAGCGCGAGCCGGGUACAUCACUCCACAGCAUGCCUGGGAGAGCGUCUGUCCAUGCAACACGUCUGCAUUGCGUUUUGACGGGACAGGGCAUCUGACUUACCUGCCUGUUCUGGAGGAGGAGCGUCCAGACUUUACACUGUCUUUGCAGUUCAGGACGGUGCAGGAGCAGGGAGUACUCAUGUUCACCAAGGGCAGCACAGACUGGAGCAGUUUACAGCUGACCAAUGGUGAACUGCACUUCCGAUACCACUGUGGACAGUCUCCUCCUGGGUCUCUAUUAGUCCGAUCAUCCCCUCUCUCUGACACUCAGUGGCACGCUGUCCUACUGGAGGUCAACUCUACCAUCCUGAGCCUCUCAUUGGACGGUCAGCCUGCAGUCUUCACCCAUAUCCCCCAUCCAUGUCACAUGACCUCAUCUCAUGGUGCAAUGGUUUUUGCCAGCGCCACUCAAAUCUCCCCAGAAAUGACACCAAGACUGUCCCGGAAUUUUAUUGGUUGUUUGGACAACAUGAAGCUAAACGGGGAGCCAAUCAGAACAGGUGAUAGCAUGGACUGGGAGGGGUACGGCCUGAGGAGGGUGUUUGGAGUUUUCCAGUGUUGCUGGAGCAAUAUGGCGUGUAGUGGUCAGCCAUGUUUGAAUGGAGGAGUCUGUGAAGAAGACGAUAAUGGAGAGGCGGUGUGCAGAUGCUUGGGUCAGUUCCAUGGGCCUCUCUGUGAGCUCACACAAAACCCCUGUGUGUCCCAGCCCUGUUCAGACGGACGAGUAUGUUUACCCAAAGAGCAGGGGUAUAUCUGCAACUGCUCCCACAACCAGCCCCACGCCAGGUGCCAUAACAUGAUAGAAGAGUGUCCUCCAGACUCAUGUCCCAAAGACUACAGCUGUAAAAUGGUUCUGGGCUCCAUCCACUGUGACCCUAUGCCUGUGAUGCAGCAAAUGGUGGGUUUUAUGGAGAUUAUCGAGAUCACCGCCUGCAUUCUGGGUGUUGUCCUCCUGGUGGCGAUCUUUGUUUGUGUGAGGAAGCGUUAUGUUCAGCAGCAGAAGAAGAAGCCUGCCUGUGUACAAGACUCCAACGGGUAUUUCCAGUCUGGCCUGUGUAAGAGCCUGAAGUCCGAUGGGGUAGUAGUAACCCCCUUGGAGAUGAGUGUCCUGGACCAGGAUACAUCUCCGUUUCGAUCCCUGCGACCACGCUCUCAGCUGAGCUCUUCUGUGAGCGGGGGGUCCCUAUCCAAACCCCCGGGCCCUGUGGUCUGCAGUGUGGCCCCAAACCUCCCCACACGACCCCCCUCUACCUCUGAUACAGGCCCUAUCAGGAAGGGCCGUUGGGACCAGGACUAUGAAGUUUACCCUGCUGACCCGGACUACUACGGCCACCCCACUGUCCAGGAAUUCCCCACAUUCGACAUCACCUCCUCCCCCUCGCCUCACUCCCCCUCCCCUCUCCCCUCUACACAAACCUCCACGCUGGACUCCACCCUGGACUCCCGACGAAGUUCCCGCUUCGGAGGCUUCCCAUUCCCUCUGGAGCGGACCGACCGGCGUGCCCCUCUUCCCCCCUGCUACAGUAACCAAAAUCUUGAUGACUUUUUGGGUCCCAAUGGCCUCCCUCUACCCACCAACCAGUGCCCCAACGAAUAUAUGGCUAUCAGCUACUAUCCCACUAAACACCACACACGCAGUUUAGACAAUGUGUCGACAGGUUACAAGAGGCUGAGUAUGCGUUUAAGUGUAGCCAUGCCAUCCUACGCUGAGAAUCCAGAAGUUACACCUGCCUCAGCAUCGAACCAGCAACCCCAAAUGAGACCACAUGCGACAGGGCAGAUUCAAAGGUCUUACGAUGGGAGUAGUAUGGUGGGAAGUGACUAUGGCAGCUGUGAGGAAGUUAUGUUUUGAGAAAUUAAGUGAAAAAAAAUUGCACCAAAAAACAAUUAUAUAAAAAGACAGUAUUCUUUUCUGAAAAAAUAUAGAUGGACUUGUAUUCAAUCCAAUUCAAUAGAUUCUCCGGUUCAUCGUCUUUGGAUGAAGGAAGGGGGAGACAGGAUAACCACAAUGCCACGGAAACACAGGGAGGACAUUCACACUCAGAGAGCUCAAGAGUCUAACUCGCAACCUCUUAAUGAGUAUUACAAUGUAAAAAAUUACUUCAUAAUAAGGUUUUAAUUCACAAAGUUACAAGAAGCGGGUUCUUCUUUAACAAUCUCAGUAUUUGUUGUUAAACUGUAAGGGUAUUAUUCAAGUUGGCUAAAUGACAAAUGAUCAUAGCACAAUAUGCAGUAUUUUAGAAUCAAAGUAAAUAACAGCUAUAAAAUAUGUGGGUUCAUUAAAGGAGCACUACACAACUUCUCUAGUGGAGGGUCUGUCUAGCUCCAUGGAGACAAGUAGGUGACUCCUAGGCCUGUCAAUAAAUACAAUAUUGAUUUGUCAUUCAAUAUAUGAAAGCCAGUAUAUUUUGGGAUUCAGUAUUUAUCGUGUGUACUUUUUCUUUGCAAAAGUGGUGAGACUUUUAUGAGACUUCUAUAGCUAAUUCAUUCUGCUUUUUCUUUGCUGCAGCUCACACCUUUUGCAUGAUGCUAUUAUUUCGCUUUACUUUAAUUGUAUGAAUGACAUAAAGUACUUUCAGUAUUAUCAUUUAUCACAAUAUUCUUCUGUAUCAAUAUAUUGUGCAUUAAAAUGUGUUGUUGUGACAGGCCUAGUGACGCCAUCCGACAUUUACAGUCAUAUCUGCUCAUGUCUAUAUUUGGGAACAUUUUAGGCAAGGCAAUAACAUCACCAUGGAGACAAGCACUUUUAAAUGCAUUCCAAAAAUGUAAUUAUUCUUACUGAGAAUGUAUUGUUGUGGUAAUUUCCUAUCUAAAUCUAUGUUUACAAUGCAAUGUGUGGUUUUCAAAAGUGACAUUCAGACACGUGCAUGCAUUUAUUUACAACAAAACUGAUAACCAAGGCUGUUGCAUUAUGGGAAAAUAAAGACUGCUUAUCUGUCAAAAGCAGGUGUGAGUUUAUUAAGACGGCAGUUAAGAAUUGUGGGAGUACAUUUGACGUUAAGCACAUUUUAAGAAAAUAUUUAAUAGAUGUUUUAUCUUGUACUGAAUGAUGGGGCUGGAUCUUCAGGUUAAACAAAAACAAAGAUCGCAGAGGAAGAGGUUUUAUUGUGAAGUUACUGUGGUUUGUGUCACUGUGGAACAAGGAACCCAUUCAGACGUGGGGAAAACGUAGGAUUUUUUUGGUCUACUACUACUUCAACAACCUACUAAAGUUACCACCAUGGCUACUACUACUUUUAUUGCUGCCACUGCUGCUACUGUUACUGCUGUAUUACUACUACAACCACUACUGCAACUGGUACUACUACUGAUUGUACUAUUACUACUCAUACUACUACUACUACUAUAACUAGAACCAACUAGGACAACAAAGCUAAACUAUCAAUGAGAUUUCUUUUGUAUACUUUGAAACUUUGGCUGCAUUGUGGACUAUUUGAGAUCGUUAUUGUGAGUUCCUGGUUGAGUCCUGGUUCAGACCUGGUUUAGUCCUGGUUGAGUCCUGGUUCAGACCUGGUUCAGUCCUGGUUCAGUCCUGGUUCAGUCCUGGUUCAGUCCUCAUUUAGUCCUCGUUUAGUCCUCGUUUAGUCUUGGUUCAGACCCGGUUUAGUCUUGGUUCAAACAUCUGUUCAGACACAGUUUAGCCCUGGUUUAAUACCUCUGAUCACAUAUCUUCUUUCCCCAGGCCUGAUGGUGCCUUCACUGUAAACUUGUACAUUUGUAUUUUAGGUCAUUGUUUUGUGUGAACCUGGUAAAAUACAGAGGCAGCCAGGUCUCUGCAGUUCUGUGUGUGCCAAUAUUGAAAUGUCGUAUGAAAAAAUGUCAAGUCAAUGUUAUAUUUCACAAUGUUUAUGCCAAUUACAGUAAAAAAAAAAAAAAAAAAAAAGAAAAAGAAAAAAGGAAAAUAUGUUGUAUUUUAUGAGAAAGAACAAUGCAAUGUGUUUGUUCAUAUUGUGCAGAUGAAUUGAAUGUACCGUGACAUUUCUGAGUUGUUGUUUUUUUAGAUUUUGUGGAUAAAGGUUGUUUUUUUGUUUUGUUUUUUUGUUUUGUUUUUUGUUGUUGUUGUUUUUUUGGUUUUUUUUUUUGUACAAUGUAGGCCUUCCCAUGUUUGUCCCUUGAGUUUCUCUGAGUUUCUGCUGAGC